AUGCCUUCUUACAUCGUUACCUGCAAGGAGGACGCCACCGACGAACAGGUCCAGUCUGCUAAGCAGCACGCUAUUGACCAGGGCGGCAAGAUCGGACAUGAGUACAGCCUCAUCAAGGGCUUUUCCGUCGAGUUCCCCCAAGAUUCUGUUCAGACCCUCGAGAGCCACGAGCAUAUUCAUGCUGUUGAGGCGGACGGCGAGAUGAAGACCCAGUAG